AUGGACAGAGAUUACACUGUGAGAGUUCGAGCAGUGGUGAUGUCCAGAGAUGAUUCUAGUGGUGGUUGGGUGCCCCUAGGAGGAGGUGGACUCAGCCAUAUAAUGAUAUGCAAAGUCCGGCGUACAGAGACUUCGCACCAGCGGGAUUACUUGAUUCGUGGGGAGCGACUGCGAGACCAGUCUACUAUUCUGGAAUGCGUCAUGAAAAAGGGUAUGGUGUACAACAAAGCAAAUCCUAUUUUCCACCACUGGAAGGUAGACGAGAACAAGUUUGGCUUAACGUUUCAGAGCCCGGUGGAUGCGGUCACUUUUGAGAAGGGCAUGCAGGCUGCUAUGGAUGAGCUGUCUGAAGGUUCCCUCUCCCAUUCAUCUUCAUCAUCUUCCUCUACUCCUGAUGAAGCUGGAGGUUUGGAAGAUGUUAUGCCGCUUCACACUGACAGCGAGUCAUCAUCUAACAGCCGGAAGGAGAUGUUACCCAAACACAUCACUAUUGUGACGAGUGAGUCCUCUUCAAGCUGUUACGCACGAUCCCCGGCAUCUGAAGAAUUUGGGUUCAGCGCUGGGCCUUCUAUCAAUCCAACCACGCAGUCUCAGCCAUUGCAGCGGUUAUCAUUCCAUGAUGAGGAAGAACUGGAGAACAUUAACCCUUGUAAGGAUCUCUGGGUGUCGAAGGGUUAUGAAGAUUACAGAAGGGCAGCACUGCAGAGACCGGAGCAACCUAAAUCUGACGUGCGUGUCCACUUCCAAAAAGCCAGUGGGAGCAAAGCCAAGGAAAGGAACUUCCCAGGUGCUGUGGGCACAUCAGUGACUGAGAGUGAAGGGCCCCUGAAGGAUCCAAGGAGCUCCCCUUCAUGCAGAAUUCAUGGUACCCCUUCCCCCAAGUCUAAGGAGCACACCCAUAUGGCUGCGGAAGAGGACACAGCCACUGCCCGUUGUGUUUACUGCAGGGACGUGUUUACUAGUGAGGAGAAUGGCAGGGGUCAGUGCCAAGAUGCUCCUGAUCCAAUCGGACGGUGUUUCUACCAACUCUCUUGCAUGUGGUGUGCUGAGAGCCUACUGUACCACUGCAUGUCGGACUCAGAGGGAGAGUAUUCGGACCCCUGUUCCUGUGACCCCGGACAUCCUCACUUCUGUGUACGUUGGGCUGCCCUAGUGGCCUUGUCCCUUGUUGUCCCCUGCAUGUGCUGCUACCUCCCACUGCGUGCUUGCCAUUGGUGCGGAGAGCAUUGUGGCUGCUGUGGGGGGAGACAUAAAGCAGUUCGGUGA